UCCUCUCCGUUUGUUUACAAAUAUAUAUUCUUCUUCUCAGGCUGCCUUCGCCGAUUCUCCUUCUCCCUUUCAGAAUUCUCCGAUUCCCUUCUGCUCCGGCGAGGCUGGGGCUGAGGAAACCGGAGACUUUCUUAGAUUUCAUCUGAAUUACAAACAACAAUUACUGAAAGUUUUUUUUGUAGGAUUUUAAUGGCGUUCGCUUCUUCUAGCACUGUUAUUUGUCAGAACAGAGCCUUGUCGUCCUCCAUCGUUUCUUCUCCGGGACUUCUACACCAUCGCUGCUUCUCACAGCUUCAAUCGCAGCGUAUUCUUCAUUGUAAUCGUCGUUCGUCUUCGAACAUCGGGAUAAACGCCGCUCCGGCUCUUACUCCGGCGGCCUUUUGUGUCGUUGCUAAAACUGCUCUUUCCGAUGCUCAUGUUCAAAGUCCCAGCUCCAGUUCUGCUCCUGCUGGUGGGUGGUCCGAUUUUGCUAAAAACGUCUCUGGCGAGUGGGAUGGAUAUGGUGCCGAUUUUUCUUCUGAAGGAACGCCAAUUGAACUUCCGGAAUCCGUUGUUCCUGAUGCUUAUCGAGAAUGGGAGGUUAAGGUUUUCGAUUGGCAAACUCAGUGCCCUACUCUUGCGGAAUCAGAGCAGCCCUCUUUCAUGUACAAGACAAUAAAGCUACUUCCUACAGUGGGAUGUGAAGCCGAUGCUGCAACUCGUUACAGCAUUGAUGAGAGAAAUGUUGGAAAUGGAAUUGGAGCAAAUGAUGAAGUGACUGCCUUUGCAUAUCAACGUAGUGGAUGUUAUGUAGUCGUCUGGCCUAUUGAAGUUGGAGGUUCUUGUAAGUUAAUGGAGUUGGAGCAUUGCCUGGUUAAUCCUCAAGACCGGGAAUCUCGUGUGAGGGUUGUUCAGGUUGUCCGAGUUGAAGGUACACGGCUAGUGUUGCAGAAUAUCAGAGUCUUCUGUGAGCAGUGGUAUGGGCCAUUCAGAAAUGGAGAACAGCUUGGUGGAUGUGCCAUCCGAGACUCCACAUUCGCUUCAACAGCUGCCUUGAAAGCUUCCGAGGUGGUUGGGACAUGGCAGGGUCCUGUCUCUGUUGCCCGUUUUGAUGGUUCUCAGAUUAAUGUUGUACAAGAACUUUUGGCUGACAACGUGCAAAAGUCAGUGAGAAGUGAAUCAGAACUCAAGCUGCUUCCCAAGCAACUGUGGUGUUCCCUUAAAGAAAGUAAAGACAGUGUGGAUACUUGCUGUGAAGUUGGAUGGCUUUUCGAUCACGGGCAUGCAAUUACAUCAAGAUGCAUGUUCUCAGGCACGGCGAAAUUGAAGGAAAUAUCGAUUGCGAAUGAGACUCCUGCUUAAGAUGGUAACCAAUGGAUGGACACUCCUUCGGUAGCCAUCGCGUAGGCUUUGUACUACGUUCAAGGUGACUUUGGAUAAAAAUUUGGUUCUGAAAUAAGUAUGCUAUUUGUUUUCUUUCUACAGAGUGAAGUAUAAUAUACAAAAAGAACUCACUUGUAGUGUGCAUUUGCUUGCAAAUUUAGUAACAAAAUCUUAUAGAAUCCAAGAAGCUUUGUUUGUGACAAAA